CGCUCGCGCAUUUGAAAUACUGGCGGUGAUUACCAGCACCCGUGGAUUCCGAUCUGCGCUUUUGCGGCCAGUUUGUUCAAACGUUCCGGCGGCUUUUCUGAAAGCAGGUCUGUCCACUGUUGUCCUUAGCACACUUGCAACCCAACGACCCAACUUGCAUCUCCGCCCGAACCACACUAAUCUUCGCGCAGCCCUCCAUCGCCACUUGUUGACACCAAUGAAUUCGCACAAGCGCCAGUUUCUAGCAUUAGCAGCGGUUCUCCUGGCUAACGUGGAAGACGACGACAUUUUCCUCCAAGCCGCAAAGCGCCACAAGAAGGAGAACGCGGGCAAAAAGGAGCCCGCCGCAGCGAGCAAGCAGCUUCUCGUCACCCGGCUGAAUGCUGGUCCGCACGAUUACAUGGACCUGCUGUGUGUAAGCAGGGAACAGUUCCUGCAUCUGAUGUCUCGUGUGCGUAUGGGCAUCGUGAAGGACAAGACUGUCGCAAACCGUCACGUGUCGGCACAGACGAGGCUUCAAGUGACGCUGCGGUAUCUGACGUCGGGAGAGUUGCCCGAGUCGCUGAGAGACCAGUUCAAGCUGGGGCGUGCAGACGUGGGUGCCCUCAUCCAAAAGACGUGCAAUGUAAUUUACAAGGAACUGAAAGAUGACUUCAUGAGGGCGCCCAAGAGCGAAGAAGACUGGAAGGAAGUAGCAAGACUUUUCAACGACAAAUGUAGCAUCCCAAACUGCGUUGGUGCGCUCGGCGGAAGACACGUGGUGAUCAAGGCACCGGCGAAGUCCCGGGCAGUCUACACGAAUUCUAAGAACACGUUUAGCCUGAUUCUGUUUGCUGUCGUGGAUGCCAACGGCAAGUUCAUCUACACUGACGUUGGUGCAGCGGGAGCCCAGGGAGGCAACGAGGUGUGGCAAAUGACAGAUCUGCAGAAGGCCAUAUACAGCAACAAGGCUCAGCUGCCAGAAGCCAUCAAGGUGGAAAGCUCUCCCGACGUCCUUCUGCCACCAGUGUUCAUAGCGGACGACACGUUGCCCCUUGAAAGGCAUGUGAUGAAGCCCUUCAUAGGAUCCAACCUCACACAAGAGAAGAGAGGGUUCAAUGAAAGGUUAGCAAUGGUCCAGCAGGUUGCGAACGAUGCCUUCGGGGCGAUGGAAAGUCGCUUCGGGUGCCUCCGAACUGUCAUCCAAGAGAAACCCGAGAGGGUUGCCGCCAUUGUGAACGCAACCUGCGUGCUUCACAACUUCUUGGGCAACCACGUGCCUUCUCCUCCGGGUGCCAGUGCCAAGGCAAGCAGCGGCACUGAGGUGUUCUUCGGCUUCCCUUCGUCGUGCGGAAACACUUCAGUGGACGGGUGUGCCACGAGAGACGUCUUAACAGCAUUUUUCAAGAGCUGAGAGAUCAGUUGCUGCGCCGCGGCUAGACGGAGGUUGUGUAUUUAGUAAGUUAUGACGAUACCUUUUAGAUGCGUUGAAGAGGUUUGACGCAAAAAUAAAGCAGUGUUCAAACAGCU